GCCCUUGCUGCCUGUUGGCCAUGAGCGAGCUCCCGUUCUCCACCCCUGCCAGGAUCUCGGCGAGCCGAGUAAACAGGGGCUCCCCGUGCCCCCUAGAGGAGGUUUCCACGUCUGCUGCGAACCCUCCGCACAGCCUGGGCAUCCUCCACACCUCCUACAGUGUCAGCCAUCGCGUGGGGCCCUGGUGGGACGUCGCAUCUCACCAACAGAAAUGGACCAGGCAGAUCCUUAAAGAUGUCUCCUUGUACGUCGAGAGCGGACAGAUCAUGUGCAUCCUAGGGAGCUCAGGCUCAGGGAAGACCACGCUGCUGGAUGCCAUGUCCGGGAGGCUGCGGCGCACGGGGACCUUGCUUGGGGAGGUGUUCGUGAAUGGCCGGGUGCUGCGCAGGGAGCAGUUCCAGGACUGCUUCUCCUACGUCCUGCAGAGCGACACUCUGCUGAGCAGCCUCACCGUCCGUGAGACGCUGUGCUACACGGCGCUGCUGGCUAUCCGCGGAGGCUCCCAGGGCUUCUUCCAGAAGAAGGUGGAGGCAGUCAUGACAGAGCUGAGUCUGAACCACGUGGCAGAUCGACAGAUUGGCAACUACAACUUUGGGGGAAUUUCCAGUGGCGAGAGGCGCCGGGUCUCCAUCGCGGCCCAGCUCCUCCAGGAUCCCAAGGUCAUGCUGUUUGAUGAGCCGACCACAGGCCUGGACUCCAUGACUGCAAAUCAGAUCGUCCUUCUGCUGGCAGAGCUGGCUCGCAGGGACCGCAUUGUGAUCCUCACGGUCCACCAGCCCCGCUCCGAGCUCUUCCAGCUCUUUGACAAAAUCGCCAUUCUGAGCUGUGGAGAGCUGGUUUUCUGCGGGACACCUGUGGAAAUGCUUGACUUCUUCAGUGGCUGCGGUUACCCUUGUCCUGAACAUUCAAACCCUUUUGAUUUUUAUGUGGACCUGACAUCAGUGGACACCCAAAGCAAAGAACGGGAAAUAGAAACCUACAGGAGAGUCCAGAUGAUUGAAUCUGCCUACAAAGAAUCAGCAAUUUAUCACAAAACCUUGGAGGAUAUUGAAAGAACGAAACACCUGAAAACAUUACCGAUGAUUCCUUUCAAAACCAAAGAUUCUCCUGGAGUAAUUUCUAAACUGUGUGUUCUUUUGAGGAGAGUGAUGAGAAACUUAAUGAGAAAUAAGCUGGCGGUGACUAUGCGUCUUGUUCAGAAUAUGAUCAUGGGUUUGUUCGUCAUUUUCUUCCUUCUGCGGGUCCAGGACGAUGUGCUAAAGGGUGCCAUCCAGGACCGCGUGGGUGUUCUGUACCAGUUCGUGGGUGCCACCCCGUACACAGGCAUGCUCAACGCUGUGACCUUGUUUCCUGUGCUGCGAGCUGUCAGCGACCAAGAGAGCCAGGAUGGCCUGUACCAGAAGUGGCAGAUGCUGUUGGCCUACGGGCUGCACAUCCUCCCCUUCAGCGCCAUUGCCACCGUGAUAUUCAGCAGCAUAUGCUACUGGACUCUGGCCUUAUACCCUGAGGCUGCCAGAUUUGGAUAUUUCUCUGCUGCUCUCUUGGCGCCCCACUUAAUUGGUGAAUUUCUAACUCUUGUGCUACUUGGCAUGAUCCAAAACCCCAACGUGGUCAACAGUGUGGUGGCUCUGCUCUGCAUCGCUGGGGUGCUUGUGGGCUCUGGAUUCCUGAGAAACACAGAAGAAAUGACCAUUCCUUUUAAAAUCUUUAGUUAUUUUACAUUCCAAAAAUACUGCUCUGAGAUUCUUGUCGUCAAUGAGUUCUAUGGACAGAAUUUCACCUGUGGCAGCUCAAACGGUUCUGUGUCAACUAAUCCAAUGUGUGCCAUUACUCAAGGAACUCAGUUCAUUGAGAGAACCUGCCCGGGUGCAACAUCCAGAUUCACAGCAAACUUUCUGGUUUUGUAUUCAUUUAUCCCAGUUCUUGUCAUCCUAGGAAUAAUUGUUUUUAAAAUAAGGGAUCAUCUCAUUAGCAGAUAGUACAGAACACUGCUGUGAAAAUGAAACGUAAGCUCCUAGAUGCAUAUGACUGCUUUGAAUUUCUGAAAUAAGAAUGCCAUGUGGUUCUUAAUAGUAUAUCUUAAAUCUGUUGACCAUUAAGACUCCAUCUGUGCCCCUUGGAUCCAUGCAGGCCUUCAGUGCUAUUCCGACUUGUCGGGACAUGUGGUAUUCAGCAAUUGUGACUGAGCUGGUCCAAAGAUGUAAAUAAGAAUAAUUCAUCAAGUUAUGGGAGAUCAGUGUGACUAUCUGUUUUCUUUGUUCUAGACACAGAAAAAUAGAUCAGUUAAAAAUUACGCUUACAAUUGAUAAAGGAUUUGGUAAAAAAGAAAACAUUUGCAUGACCAUUGACUGUAAAUAAUAGAAAAGAGUUGUGGGUUUGAUUGAAGCAAAACAUGCAGAAUUAGGUAAGACUGCUUUCAUUAUCAUUUGAAAACCUGUAUUUAUGUGCACGUGUCCACGUAAGUUACCUGAUUAAAUGGAGAGGAUGUUGGGCAGAUUUUGGAUGAAGACCCCUGACACAGAGCAUUCACUGAUUUUAUUGAAGGUUAAAAAGAAAAAUGGCAGGAAUGGGCUGAACUGAGAACACAGCACACCGAAGUGAUUAGUUUGCUAUUUUUCACUUUCCACUUAGUUUACUUACGAAAUGAAAAGUAAAUGUUACUAGAAAAGUGUAUGCACUGAGAAAUGACAUUUCUAAGGUUGGAGAACAGCUGUUUUUUAAAGUCCAUAUAGAAAAGAUGCUCAACUGACACAUUUACACUAAGAACAGUUACACACUAGGAAUUCAUGUUCUUGAAUUUUAAAGAGAAAAAGUGCUGAUAAAUACAUAUUUUUAGGGAUGAAAUGAUGUAUAUAGAUUAUUAAAAGUGGGUUCUGGACUACAUGAUUAUCCUUCUGAAAUGAAACUGUCUCCAUGUUACCAUGGUAACUUUGAGGUAUCUUAGAGUACAUGAACUGAACAAGUUACUGUGACCUACCUUGUAAAGAAUGAUAAACUAUAGCAUUUGAAAUGUCUCACAUUAUGGUAGAAAAGAUCAUUUCAUUAAGGAAACCACAGUAAAAUUCUGUUUCUUAGAACAGUAUUUAAGGUUCUGGAGACAUUGGUAAAUUACCAGAAUAGUAUUGUCAAUUUUUAUAAAAGGUCUUUGACACUGAUGAUUAUGGUAUAAUAGUUACAUAAUGCCUUACAGAUUAUGUAUGUCACAUCAGUUAUAGAUAAUUCUGGAGAUGAUAAUCUAUUAAAGUAGUUCAAAGAGAGUCCCACAGGAAUCUCUUUUGAAAUCACUGAUUUCAACUUGCUAGAGAUAUGGGUGUACAAUGUAAGUGGAAGCAUUUUCUACUAUUCAUAUGCAGAUGAAUUUCAUUGUAGCUCAGAAACAUUUGGAAAAUGACAUAGCACGUGACUUCAAGCUAUUAAGUGUUAGUGAUACCAUCUUAGAAAAACGCAAUGACAUGUGACAGUUUGUGUCUCGAGUUGAAAAUGGACAGUGAUGUGUAAGACAAUCAAAUUAUAUAAUAAAAAUGCCUAUUACUAUUGUGGAAUAGGAUGUUUCUUCCCACUAAGUCAGUGAUGUUUCUGAAAUCAGAACGCUCACUGUUAAUUUAAAGGGAGCUCUUUCUCCACAGCACUCAGGCACGACGCCUGUCUAAGACUGGUUCCUUGGAGGCAUGCUGAAAAUUCUGUUUUCAGGAGUAUUGGAACCACAUGCACUGUGACUAGUUUAGGAAGUCUUAUUUCUUUGCAAU